GGUUACUAGAUGGUAGGCGCGCGCGGGUGCAACCAUAGAACGACAACAACAAAAACAUUGCGGUUCUUCUUACGUUCUGUGGUGCGUGCGAGUGACGGACAACGGGACAAUUUCGUAACUGGAUACGAUUCCGGUAUUGUACAUUCAACUCGUUGGAGAAGCCAUCGCAUCGGUUGUGUAGCUAUGUGAUUGCAACAAGGCAGGAUUCAGUUAGGUCAUGCAGGGACAGAGCCAGACUGUAUAAUAGAUGGACUAAUGGACAUUAUUUUCAAUUGAAAAAAAAAAAAAAUCGUGUUUUGUUGUGAACCGGAAGUGGUGUUGCUCUUUGCUGUAUAUCCGUGAUACAUAUUGGUUUAAUUAUAUAGAAUAUACCAUGUGAAUUUUCCAUUGCACCUUUGAAAUCAGGUAUUCCGAAGGAUUAAGAAACCGAGCAGAGUUAAGGAGCUGAAUCGAAACGAAUAGUUAAUAGUGCCUCUCUGGAAAAAGUGAAGAAUGGAACCGCGAAGUUUCCAAACGAAUCGGCAUACGGGUGGAUUUUUCGCAGUUGGUGGAAAAUCGAAAAGAUUGUAGCAGUUUUCCUUGUCGCAGCUGACCCCACCACCUCUCUCCUAGUUUCAGUAUUUUUUCCUUUCCUAUCGUCGCGUGGAUACUCGGAGCACAUUGGGAGCUAUAUAGUGACAAGUGAGUGCGGAGCAGCCGGAGAGUUUUCCUCGUCGUCACGAUUCACGAGAUGUGUUGAUGCUCUGAAUUGGUGGCUGGCUGUGAGUCAAACAAGUGUGUUUGUGUGUGCGUGAGGGAAAACAUUAUAAUCGAGAGGAAAAUAGAAGAAAAUUCAGACGGAAAAGCGGUCCUCCGAGAAAGGGGGUGUGAGUGAGUGCGCGGGACAGCCAAACCCAUGUGCUACGACGACGAUAUGAUUUAAGAAGAGAGAACCACAGUGUGUGGGACACCGACGAUCCCGAAACCCGACGAUUUCGGACGACGAAGAACCAAUAAGUGAGUUGAGUGAAGUGUGUGGAUAUUGUUGGAAAGUGGGGGUAAGUCUGGAAAACCUGGAGCUGUACUGCCUGGCGAAGAAAGAAGAUUGACGUCUGAAAGCUGGCUGCUGAAGAUUUGUUUCUUAUUUUGGAUUCGCGGCUCCGCUUGCUUUUUAAUGGAUUCGAUACUGGAUUAAUCUGCUGCUCAAUUGGAUGGAGGCCAAACAUCGCGCUCGCGCUGAUGCAGUGUUGUAAAUGUCCAGAGCAGAAGAAGAACACGAAGAAGACGAAGAAAACGAAGACGAAAUAACAAUAAUUCCAAAUGUGCACGAACGCAACCGGGCGUAGCUGGUGGAACAGCAAAUUGUAGUAGUGAAAGUUUACACCCCGUGUCUCGCGUUCCCGCCCUCCCUCAGAUUUAUAGCGCCUGUCUCCUCCAUCGCCGUUUCGGUUCUUCCAACCAACAACGUGAUCGCCGCCGUCGUGCAGUUAUCGCGCGCCCUCCGUACACCACGCGUUUUUCUUUGUUAUUUUUUUCCCCAACUCUAGUUUGUAGUUUGUGGCUAUUUUUUCGCGCUACGUUCCAUACGGCCGUUCGGGUGUAACUUGAGAAACCUGUCGUAACCGUAGAAGAAGAAGAAGAAGCACAAACAGCCAAGCAUGUCCAGCUGGGCGCAACGAAUGCACCGGCGGGCAGCGACCCUGGGCAGUGUGGUCACUUCGUGUGGUCACCCGGGAUCGCCCUACCCGCACCGGUUGGAGAAGGUCAAAUUUGGCGUUCCGCUGGACGAGGUGUGCAAGAACGACAUUCCCGGCCCGCUGCUGGUGCUGAUCCUGAAGCUGAACAAGGAAGCGCCGGUGCUGAAGGACGUGUUCCGAGCGCCGGGCCAUCAGGGUGCGAUGAAGAAGCUGAUCCACUUUCUGCAGCAGGGCCGGCUGGUCAACGUGGACAACUAUUCGGUGUACACGAUCGCGUCGGUGCUGAAAAAGUUCCUGCGCAAGAUUCCCGGCGGUGUGUUCGGCCGGGAAGGCGAAGCGGAACUGUUCCAGAUCGUGGACAUCGAAGACGAGCUGGUGCAGCAGGAGCGAAUUCACAAACUACUUAUGUCACUGCCAGGCCACACGCAGCGGCUGCUGGUGUUACUGUUCGGCACCUUUCGGGUGAUAGCCAGCAAUUCGGAACGGGCCGGUACCGGAAUGACCAGCGAGGCGCUCGGGGUGUCGGUGGCGCCAAGCUUUUUCCAGUCGUGCGUCAGCGAUGGCAAAACGGCCCGGAUGGAGGAUGUGCUGCGGUUUAAGGCGGAAGUGAAUGUGGCGACCCGGAUCAUGAAGCAGAUGAUCGAACAGUUUGCGGCGUGCGAUCUGUUCGGACGCGACAACUACGAGUACUACGCCCGAGUGACGGGGCGGGUCCUGCGGGUUCAGGACGAGUGGAUCUUCUCAUUCCGGUAUCCACCGCCGCCGCGGGGGAAGACCGCCCAACAAAACUAUGCAUUAAAACUAGCUUUAGAAACCGAGAAAACGUGGCUGCAGUGUGAAUGCGAGCGAUGGGGACUAA